CCUAGAAACUCAAUUGAUGGCGAUGAAACCACAUGGGAAGUCGAUUGUGUCCUCCGAUAACGACGAAAAAGUCGUCUUCUUCAAAGAUCUCUCGCUGGGUCCCCACGAAGCUCAGUUGUGGUUUCGGCUCAUCCAUUUCUGGGAGGCUUGGAAUCCGCUAAAGAAGGCGCUUAUUGGCAUGGAGAUGCUACUCAUCGACGAACAGGGAACUGUUAUUCAAGGAUUCAUUUCCCCAUGGCGUAUUGAAAAAUAUCUGCCUGAGAUGAAGCGAAGAUCUGUUUACAAACUCAACAACUUCUACGGAUCCAGAAACAAAUCAGUGUUUCGGGUUGCUGAUCAUACCGUUACAGUGUCGUUCUCAUGGAACUCGGAGUUGAUGGUUCUUCUAUACUGUCCCACUCAUUUUGAUGCGGACAGUUUCCGGUUCCAUUCAUAUGAAGAGUUUCAAGCUAACUGCAAUCUCAAAGGAGACCUCUACGAUGUUGUUGGCAACAUGAAGUUGGUUAAUGGUCAGAGUAUCGUUGAGGCACCAGUUCUUGCCGAAGUGGAGAUAGCAAAAGCUAGGCGUGUUCUGAUUCAUGUCCAAUCACAUGAUGGACCGGUCAUGAAGCUAUACCUUUGGGAUCAGGCUGCAAGAGACUUCUGCAAAAAGUUCAAGUCGUACGAGGGCACACCCACUGUGUUACUGGUCACGACCGUUAACACGAAGACUCUCGGAGGUACUCUGGCCUUGACCUCAAUGUCCUCUUCAUGUUUAUGGACUAUGAUGUCCAACCUACAAUAG